CUGAGGGUUUUAGACCCAAUGCGGCUGCCGUACGGCAGCGUUGCAAGAUGGCGGCCGCCGCGUUCGCUGGUGCGGUGAGAGCAGCCUCCGGAAUUUUACGGCCCCUGAACAUUUUGGCAUCUUCAGCCUAUCGAAACUGCACCAAGAAUGUCUGUCUUAAUUCUGUACUGUUCUCCCGACAUUUCAGUCAUAUUCAGACACCAGUUGUGUCCUCUGCUCCCAGACUGAUCACAUCUGUCAGAAGCCUGACAUGUGGGCAGACUGCCACAGUCCUCAACAGAAUGGCCCUCUUGCUCCCAAACGUCCUGAAGCCACCAGUCAGAACUGUAACAUACUGCAGUUCGAGAAAAGGCAAGAGGAAGACUGUGAAAGCUGUCAUCUAUAGGUUUCUUCGACUUCAUAGUGGCCUGUGGCUAAGGAGGAAGGCUGGUUAUAAGAAAAAAUUAUGGAAAAAGACGGUUGCAAGAAAAAGACGCUUAAGGGAAUUUGUCUUCUGCAAUAAGACCCAGAGUAAGCUCUUAGAUAAAAUGACGACGUCUUUCUGGAAGAGGCGAAACUGGUAUGCUGAUGAUCCUUAUCAGAUGUAUCACGAUCGAACAAACUUGAAAGUAUAGAUCAGAAGAUCCAUGAUUUCUGUUAUCUGUGUAUCUGUGUGUGUAUGGUGUCUUUGCAAAGAUGAAGUGGUAUAAGACAUGAUGUAAAUUGUACCAACUGAUACUUGGAACAUGGGGUACCAACAUUAAACUUAACAAUGUUUUAAAACUUAA